AUCAUCACUUGGCGACGGACUGUCUGGAAACUCAAUGGUCUCGGAGAAGAAAAGGAGUCAGGCGAUCAGUAAACGGAGAGGGGAAGGGCGUGGCCAGAAAGUAGGUAGCGCUGUUACCUUAGCGGGGCGAUGAGAAAUGACCACUGCUAACAAGACUCCCCCUGGUGCAGAUCCAAAACAGUUGGAAAGGACAGGAACUGUUCGAGAAAUAGGUUCACAGGCUGUUUGGUCUCUUUCAUCUUGUAAACCGGGCUUUGGGGUGGAUCAGUUACGAGAUGAUAAUCUAGAAACAUACUGGCAAUCUGAUGGAUCACAGCCUCAUUUGGUCAACAUCCAAUUCAGAAGAAAAACUACUGUGAAGACAUUAUGCAUUUAUGCAGAUUAUAAAUCUGAUGAAAGUUACACUCCAAGCAAAAUCUCUGUGAGAGUAGGGAACAAUUUUCACAAUCUUCAGGAAAUUCGGAACAGGGGUGUCAAACUGGCGGGCUGCAGGCCGGACACAUCACGUGAAGGCCAUGCCUACCCCAGCUCCACGAAGGUCAGAGUGCAGUCCAUUAGUUUCAUUCCAAUAAUUAAAGACUAAUGCUUUGGAGAAGCUGCAAGUUAUCAAAUAUGAUUGUUUAGAAAAUUCUUUUGUUUGUACAGAACACUUUGUCUGCAGAUCUUGGCUGAAAUAGCAUAAAACCAAUAGACCGGACAUGUUGUCAUUCUUAAAACAAUCCAAUGUGACAAUCAUUUAGAGAGAUGUAUCAUCUGCAAAAUAAAUAUAUUAAAUCAUUGUAUGAGGUAUUAUCUAAAUUUUAGCCAGUCAUUUGUGUAUAUUUCCACUUUUUGUGUGAAUGUUAAUCUUGUUCUAAAUUUUUGUGUUCAGUAAUACUUGGUAAUAUUUUAUUUUCCAAAGUCCAUCUAAUAUGGACUACUUAGUAAUAUACUACCAUCAAAGAAGAGACUAGUAAUAACUGUGAAAUCCCUAAAUGUACCUUGAUAAGAUAUGAGAUAUGUGCUUAUUUUAUGUAGCAUAUAUCUGAAUUACAGUACAGAAAUAGUCCCAGAUUACGUUGACUGA